UCACAGUUUCAGGUCUCGGCUUGUCACAGUUGUUUGUCAUAGCGUCUGCCUCCUACUGUGGUUUGUGUUCUGCUGAUCAUCAGGUUCUCUCUCACACACACAGAAAACGAGAAAUUGAGCGUUUGUGCAGUACAAAGGCAGCGAGGUUGAUCAAAACUGUUUGCAGCAGUUUUGGUGACAUCGUGUAAGCUCCAGACGACGCGUAUCGCGGCUGUUUGUAAACAUUUGGGAGAACAGGCUGCCUUUCCGAUAUCUGUGCCCCCCUCGAUGGCUGCUGAUGACUACAAUCCUGUCUCCCUCCGGCACAGAUCCAAGAAGAAGACUCGAGGAGGCAAUGGCACAAUGAGCAGAAGACGGAUCUCGGUCAAGGAGCUGGGUCAGCCGGACCACCAGGGCUGGCUUUACAGGAAGAAAGAGAGCAAAGGCUUCCUGGGGAUGAAAUGGAAGAAGUACUGGUUCGUGCUGAAGAAGACGGCGCUCUACUGGUACAGCAACCAGCUGGCGGAAAAGGCUGAGGGCUACAUCGACCUCGCCAACUUCAUUAUUGACAGAGCCAUCGAGUGCAAGAAGAAACACGCCUUCAAAGUCUGCCACCCACAGGUCAUGAUGUUUUAUUUUGCUGCUGAGAGCCACGAGGAGAUGAACCUAUGGUUGAACAAACUUGGUUUAGCGUCCAUUCAAUAUGAAGCGGCACAGAGAAACACAGCAGCUGAGUGUUACAGUGAAGCCAGCGACCAUGAAGAAGCCGAAAGCACGGAGAUCCCUCCUCCGCCGUACUCUGAACAGAGCCUGCAGGACACUGUGGACCAGGCCGGCCCGCCUGGUAGCACAUAUCAGGGCACACUUCCACCGCCUUACUCAGUCGCGGUCUCCAGUGACACCAACGGCUCGCUAUCCACGCCUAUCAGUACGAUGACAUCACAGAGCUCGGCCUCCUCGCUCGCAAAGCAACGGCAGUCCUGGCUGGACCUUGUCUCUCAGGCGUCUCCUGCCGCUGUGGAAACGGCAGUGGUUUGCUCAGUCCAGGUGCACUCCCACCAGCUGCCACACGAGGAGAUGUUAGAGGAGGGCGACGCCCACCCACAGGACUCUUCAGACAUGGCAUCCAAUGAAGAAGUCUCUGCUGAGGACGAUAUGCCUCCUGAUAACUUGGGACAAGGGCAUGGGGAGACCAGCUCAGACGAAAUGGAGAAGUUGUACAUUCAUCUGAAAGAGGCGAGUCUCUCGCCAAUAGGAGACCGAAAACCAUCCACCAAAAGGGACUUCAGGGCCUCCUUUAUAAAACGCUGUAAAAACCAGACUGUCAACAACAAACUGCACCUCAUCAGGACACUCAACAGUACAUUAAAGUCAAAAGAGGCGGACUUACAGGCAAUCGAGCAGGUGCUGUCCGAUCCAGAGCUCACAUCAGACAAAUUCAGACAGUGGAAGGAGGCUCAUGCAGUCCUUGUGCAGGAGAUCUGUCCAAAAACUGAGCAGCAGGAGGCGACAGAGACAACGAAAGCUCCUUCGUCAUCAUCGUCCGUCGUUUCUGCUGCGGUGGAGACCAGUUUGUGAAGACUGUGCACCUGCACUUCACGUUCAAACUGCAAUUAACAAAAACUGCUACGUCACGUAAAUGGACGUCAUGUACUUUGACGAGUAAACAUGAUGAGGAAGCAGACGGUCACAUAAAAUUUUUUAAUUAUUAAGUAUUACUUUUGUGGUUUGAUCUGAGAUUUUUUGCAAGUAAUGUUUUAUGUUGUAUUUCUGUGAAUAAUUAGUGUUAAUAUUCAGAAUGAUGGACUACAUCAUUCUCCGCAUUUUUUUUCAGUAUGUUUAUUGAUUACGAUUUGAUCAGUAGUAUGUUUUUAAGUCUCUUAUUGGUGUUGUGGACGAUUGCUGCCUGUUCACGUUUUACUUUUGGGCUGCUGAAAUUUUAAUAUUUUUGUAAUUUUGGAUAACAGGGCCUAUGAUGAUGAAAAUAAUUGUUGGUCACCAUUUCUAUUCCAUUUUUAUUUUUUUUACUUUUUCUCGUUUGGCAAUAGUGGUUUCAGGUUAGCUCGUCAUUAUUAUUAUUAUUAUUAUUGGUUCACUAAGGUGUGCUUUAACAGUACAAACCAUAAAUAUAUUUCAUUUACACUAAUAUAAAACAGAGAAACCAGCUCAUUGUUUUGCAUUUAAGAACCACAGAUUGUUCAACAAUUUUACUUUAAUUUAUUUUCAAAAUACUUGACCAUUAAUUUAGCUGCCAGUCAAUCAACUCUACAACAGCUAAAGUAAAGGUACAAAUGCACUGAAAACAUUAGAUUUUUCUGGACAACAGCAAUUGAGCAUUUAGCCAUGUGCAUGCUGCAGACACUUCAUGGUUCUGGAGACAAACCCCUGAAAAACAAGAACUUUAGCAGACUCAUAAAUUCAGGUCAUGGUGCGAGGCAGAUUGAAAUGUUCGCGUGCACACGGUCUGGCCACAAAACUAGCAGUUCCACCUCCAGAGACAGAGGGUCAUCAAGCUCAGACCAAGCAGAUGAGUUUUACACUGUGAAAUGUGUUUUGUCUGUUGUGUAUGUUCAGCAUUAACUGUCAUUUGUUACGUGGUUACAUGAUGUUAACUGUGUUAGAGAUUCUAAUGUCAAAGUCACUGUGCUUAUUUGUAUACAGUGAAAUAAAGUAUUACAGCAACACUGAAUAUUUUCCCCC